AUGUCCGAACGGAAACAGAGAUCGGACUGCGCAGCCACAUGUUCUCGUGCAUGCAUACCGUCCUGUACUGAACGCACUGGCAACCAGCUGUUGUGCGCACAGAAAUGUGAUGGAACCUGCCAAGCCACUUGCCUAUUAGCUGCGAACCACGCCACCCAACAGCAGCAACAGGUGAUCAGCGUCAUGCCGUCAAAAGAAGAAACCUGUGAACAGAACUGCCAAAUUGUGUGUGUGGGUGCCUGUACUGCAAAAGCCUCGCUACCGUCCAUUUGUGACCAGACCUGCAGCAACGCAUGUCGUUUCGGCUGUCAGGACUCCACCAUCGGCACUGCUCUGGCGGCUACACAACCCAUUCGAAUUACCAUCGACGUCAACGAUGGUUAUUAUGCAAGCAACUGCGACCAAAAAUGUGGACAGACCUGCCAUUCACAGUGUGUUUCACAGGGAAACGCUGCAGCAGGCUGUGCCUCGUCCUGCGAUCAGCAAUGCGCAUCGUCGUGUGCCGCUCGUCCUCCUCAGGUAGAUGAAUUCGCACCGGCACCGAAUCCUUGCGUUCAACGCUGCUACACUGACUGUUUACCUGCUUGCGGUAUAAAUCAACCCCUUUGUUCCACCACCUGCGAUGUGGCCUGUCGUCUGCGUUGCCAGGAUGACUUCUCAUCAUCGAGAGAACUCAGCCAGGAUUCCGAAACCUCAAAUCCGAUUGAAUGUAUUCCACCGUGCAUGCCAGCCUGUCUACCCUCAUGCACUAACUCAGUAACACCUGCAUCAAUGGAGCCAACGCUCCUGCCACCAAUGAUAUAUCCACCUUCCACGAUUAUUUCCACUCCGUAUACUCCAACAUUCCAGGCUCCCACAACUGCCUCCGCCCCUGUGGCUACACCUGUGCCAAUUAAUAUUAAACUCGUUGUGUGCCCAGUGAACUGUCAACCGGCCUGCGAAACCUCUUGUAUUCAGGCUCAACAGCAACAACAACAACAACCGCAGCAGGUUACAUCAAAUGUGCAAUGUAUUCCUGUGUGUCAGCCGGAGUGUCUGGAGAGUUGUAUCGCUGCGCAGCGUCCUUCUAUGGUGAUUCAAUGUAUUCCUGUCUGCCAGCCACAAUGCUUGGAAUCUUGCAUCAGGACACAUACGAUAACGGUACCUAAAGAGUGCACGGCCGCUUGCCUUCCAGAUUGUGAACCCACUUGUAUACAGUCCGCACUUGCACCUCCUGCACCUAUUCCUUCCUCCUCUGCUCAGCCUUCGCUUAUGAACACGAUAUCGCUUCAGGUACCUAUGCAACCGGCACCAGCUUUAUCUUCAGUUCAAUGUAUCCCUGCUUGUAUGCCAUCUUGUGAACCGUCAUGUACAACACAAUCGACAACUGCAGCACCGCAGUGCAUAGCCGCCUGUCAACCAGCAUGCACGCCAAAAUGCAUCGAGCUGCAAGCCUUGGUUCAGAACACUCCCCAACCACAGCCGACUACAGCUGAACCACCAACUUGUAUGCCAGCCUGUCAACCAAAUUGUGAACCUUCCUGCGUUCGUAAUGCUAUUCUGUUCAUCGAAUCAGCUAUUCCUAAACAGCUACAAUGUGUUCAUGCUUGUAUGCCAUCGUGCACGAGCGAGUGCGUUCAGAGUUACGCUCAGCAAUUACCUUUGCCAUCAGCUUCGUUACCGACUCAAGUACCCACGCCAGCACCUGCUCAACCUGUAGAAUGUAUAGCCGCUUGUCAACCCGCUUGUGAGCCGUCCUGUGUUCAACAGCCGACUGUGGUAAUCACAGUAACUGAAAAUCAAAUUCAGUGCCUGGAAGCUUGUCGUCCGGAAUGUGAUCCGACAUGCAUAAUGCGUCAGAGUUCUACACAGAAAAGAUAUUUCCACAGCAUAUGUAGCGUUUCAGGGCAGGAUAAGAAGUCCCUCAAUAGGACCUGCCAAGAUGUGGGAGAGUUAAAGUAG